UUUUUUCUUAAAGCAAAUUUUAAUAUAUGGCUCGUGCUACCAAUCUUCAAUUCCUUCGUCUCUCUCGUAAUCGUCGUUUAUCACUAUGUCUGGCCGGAAGGGAAAGCUUUACUUGUCAAACGUAGAUGCUAAAGGAAACGGUUUCAUCGAGAGCAAGCCAAGUUUUGUUGACCUUCCAUUAUGCCUCUUGGAAGUAAUAAUAUCUCAACUUGUCUUAAAAGAUAAUAUUCGCGCCUCCGCUGUCUGCAAAACAUGGCGUGAAGCCGGUCUUUAUGUUCGGUUGGUGGAUAAGCCUCCUUGGCUUAUGUACUUACCUAAACGUGGCAACUUGUUCGAACUCUAUGAUCCUUUGCAACAGAAGAUGUACACACUGAAUCUACCGGAGCUAGCCAAAUCCACGCUUGAGUUAUCAUAUGAUGCAAUCGCUUUCUCCUGUGCACCCACAUCAGGUACUUGUGUUCUGCUAGCGUAUAAGUAUGUUCGGCAUGGUACGUUUACUACGAGCACUUGCCAUCCCGGAGCAACCGAGUGGAUUACUGAGGAUUUACAGUCCAAUCUUCAGUAUGGUGUUUCACUUAAGCACAACCAUGUUGUCUAUGCAAACCGUCGCUUUUAUUGCCUUGACGAUAAAGGAAGAUUAUAUUUCUUUGAACCGUCUUCUCGAGAAUGGAUUUUUAGUUAUACUACUUCACCUCCGUGUCCUUACAUGUCAGGUAGAUUUAGCUAUCGGUAUGAGCGGAAGAAGAAAAGAUUUUUCUUGGCGGCGCGUAAGGGAGUGUUGUUUAAAAUGUUUACAUGCGGAGGUGAGAAACCAGUUGUUUAUAAGCUUCCACUAGAGUCUUACAAAUGGAAACAGAUCAAUAGCGCUACGCUUGAUGGCUUAACAAUCUUCACGAGUCUUUAUUCUUCCGAGGUGAGAGUUAACCUCCCAUGGAUGAGGAAUAGUGUUUACUUCCCAAGGCUUCGUUUCAAUUGCAAGCGCUGUGUAUCGUAUUCGUUUGAUGAAGAGAGGUACUAUCCGCGUAAGCAGUGGCAAGAACAGGAGGAUUUGUGUCCUCUUGAGAAUCUUUGGAUUAGACCACCGAAGAAUGCUUUAGGCUACAUGUGA